GCUGCGGAACGCUUCGCUGCGGCGAACGUGCGAUCGAGAGGUCCCCGGAGCUGAGUGUGCCCGCUCGGGGCCCGGAGCUCACGGCGCCAAGGAGAGGCCGGAGUAGAAACGGUGAGAAUGGUGAAACUCCUGCCCACGCCACAGAGAUGUCAGAGAGCACAGUCAAAAGUUUGUCUUUUAUCCAUUCACCCGUGAUGUGCUGUGCUAGGAACACUGAAGGGGAAGAAUGCUCCCAAAUAUAUGACUAUGACAUGAACAGAAGAUCGAAGAUAAAUGAGAUAGAUGACGAGGCUCCGAGGGUGAUCCUGAGCCUUAGACAGUCCCUACUGCUUCGUUGCAAAGUUGAAGGCCAAGGCCAGUUUCCAGCGCCAGAGUGGCAGAAAGACGGUAAAAUACUGGAUAGUCACAAUGCUAACUACUUUGCUGGAGACUCCGCGAUCAAGGAUGAGAUUUGGCUCUUAAAUGACAAACAUCCGAGGGUUAAGAUGGCCUACUUGUUCAUCGCGUCAGCCAAUGCAAACCAUGCUGGUUUGUAUAACCGCAGGGAUUACAAAAACCAAAUAAAAUCUGUCCAAAUCCAUGUCCCGGCUGAGGGUUUCCUUUCGGUUGAUAUGGAGGAGAGCAAAACCCUAUCAGGCCUCGAGGAAUCAGGCUUCUGCCUGAAAGCCACGGUCUCCUCUCACCCGUCCCUCCAGCGCUGUGACUGGGAGGACCCAGAUCAGAACAAGCUCAACUGCUCACGGCCCACGCAGUUGUGGAUGAACAGCUGUCAGAAAGACUCCCCUCACUGGAGAGAGAUCCCAGGCACCGCCCAAGAGGACUCUAAUUCGUCCUGUACCCAAGAUGACAACUCUGCUGCACUGAAAGCAGGCAGUUUGUUCUUAUUCGUGGCUUUGAUGGUAGUCUGCCUGGUGCUCAUGUACUUUGUCAAAAAGAAGAAACCCAAGUAUCAGAGCCAGCUCCAAAUGAUCCAGAUGGUGGGGCCCAGUGACAAUGAUUACAUCUAUAUAAACUUCAAGGACCUCGAGUAUGACCGGAAAUGGGAAUUUCCCAGGGAGAAUCUUGAAUUGGGUAAGGAGUUGGGCUCCGGGGCCUUCGGCAUGGUUGUCCAGGCUACAGCCUUCGGCAUCAACAAGCCUGGGGUCUCGCAUCAAGUGGCUGCCAAGAUGCUUAAAGAGAAACACCACUCGGUGGAGAAGGAAGCGCUGAUGUCAGAGCUGAAGAUGCUGACCCACAUUGGUCACCAUGCCAAUAUUGUUAACCUGCUAGGGGCAUGCACAAGCUCAGGACCCACAUACCUGAUCUUCCAGUACUGUUGUUAUGGAGACCUGCUGAACUACCUAAAGACCAACAGGGGGCGCUACCACAAGUCUCUGACGGAUGCCUUCAACAAGGACCGCUUUACCAGUCUCUACCAUAACGUGCAGCACAAGACGAGCUCGAGCGAGUUCCAAGGACAGACAGCCGACUUCAUACAGACUGAUCCCUCCGUCCCCAAGAGGCACGAAACCGAUGCCCUUCUCAGCCUCAACUCUAGCUCUAUGGACCCCUCUAGAGGGCCAGGGAUGUACGAGGAGGCAGAGGAAGAAGUGAAGGAGUCGCAAGCGCUGACCUAUGACGACCUGCUGGGUUUCGCCUACCAGGUGGCCAAGGGCAUGGAGUUCCUCUCCUCCAAGAACUGUAUCCACCGGGACCUGGCAGCUCGCAACGUGUUGGUGUCUAAAUGUAGACAGGUGAAAAUUGGCCGGGACAUUGACAAUGACUCCAACUAUGUCGUGAGAGGAAACGUGCGUCUGCCGGUGAAGUGGAUGGCGCCAGAGAGCAUCUUCCAGGGAAUGUACACCAUUAAGAGUGACGUCUGGGCCUAUGGCAUCCUUCUCUGGGAGAUCUUCUCGCUAGGUGUCACUCCAUACCCUGGGGUUAAAGUGGACAACAAAUUCUACGCAAUGAUUGAGAGGGGCUUUAAGAUGGAGUGUCCGUAUUAUGCCAGCGAUUCUCUCUACCGGAUGAUGUGUGAGUGCUGGGCCCUGGAGCCUUGUGACCGGCCUCCGUUCUCCAAGUUGGAGACUUUUAUGGAUGUCCAGCUGAGAGGCACAGUGGCGGAGCUCUACCAUAAUGUGCCGGAUAGGAACACCAUGGACCCCAUCUACCAGAAUGCAAAAGACGAUGCCGAUAUAUCAGCACUGACCAAAGAGAAGGAGAAUCCGACACAGUCCCACAACGAAUACUGCCAGACCUAUGCUACUGAGAAAAUGCCAUCGCCACUUGCCGACGCUGACGCCUCGACAGCUGAUGGCAAACACUUGAUACCGGAUGAUUCUGGGAGUCAUCUGUAAACGUACUUGCUGAUAUUUCCUGGUACCCGAUGCCCAUCUGUAUUUGCUCCUAAAGGAGGCAAACUCCUCAGCCUAACUUUGAUUAUGCAGCCUAUUAAACAUUUCCUUUGUAAUAGUAAUCAAACUGCAGCUCGCAGAGGAGCUCUAAUGCAUUUGUUGUAUAUUUUACUCAUGGACACAUCGUCAGU